CAUAUUACAUCUAAAUUCAAAUAAUGAAGUCUGUAUUUCUGUUUACGAUUUUCAUUACAAUUUGUAAAGCUAUGGUGUCUUCCUUGUUAACCGGUACUAACAAUCCGAACUCUACAGCUUUAAUAAACGACAGACGUGAAAUCAAGGAGAUCGAUGUUCUUCGACAGAUCAUCAACCAGGAAACUCUCAUCCGUUUAGCCAGGGUCAGGGAUGUAAAGGCAUUAGUUGAAGACGUUACUUCUGUGAAGCGUAGUAUAGGGUCUACAAAAGCAAUAAUCUCCUCUUUACAACAGGCUAUAGAAACGUUAAAAAGACAGCUUGGUACGCUUAGUCAGGAGCAGAAAAGAGAAAUUCAGAAAAUUGAGCAAAAUAUUGCCGAUAUCUACGAACUUUUUAAUAACAGGACACUGCAAACUGUCGAAAAAGCUGCGUGCAAGAGUAAUGAAAAGAUAGAACAAUUUCAAACAUUUCUGACCGAGCAUAGAAGGCUCCAGCGAGAAGUAGAUCAACUGCGACAGGAUAACAUGGAAAUCAGAGAUUUGCUGACCAACCUUAACUUAACUAGGUUAAAACUAAAUGCAGAUUGUAAAGACCUCAAGGCAAUCCAGAAGCGGAUCAGUGGAUCAGUGACCUUUAGCAAGACAUGGAAGGAGUUCAAAAAGGGUUUUGGAAAUCCACAUUCCUCUUAUUGGAUUGGAAAUGACGUCAUUCACCAUCUUACCAAGGAAAGGAACUCAUCUCUGUAUGUCUCUAUUACUUUACAAAAUGGCACAACGUUCUACGAAUUAUAUCAUCAGUUUUCUGUUUCCGAUGAGGCAAACAAAUACAAACUCUUCCUUGGAGGCCCAGCUAUCGGAACAUUGGGUGACAGUAUGUUAAACACGUGGAGUUCAACCGAUAAUUUGUUUGGUAUGUACUUCUCCACCACAGACCAAGACAAUGACAGAGCUAGUGAAAACUGUGCUGCUAACAAAAAAGGAGGCUGGUGGUUCAAUAACUGUCACGACGCCUUCCUUAACGGUCCCUGGUCUCCGCAAUUCUGGUAUGAGCCUUGGACUCCAACAGUUCGUAAUGGUUAUGAAAUAAAGGAGACUCUAAUGAUGAUAAAACCUCACUGAUCGUGUUUCAUGUUGUUCAUUGAAAAAUGAAUAGUGAAGAUAAAAUAUUUAGAAUUUCAGCUUACUUUCGGUUAACCAUCAAUUGUAGACGUUUAAUUCUUCACACAGAAAUUUGCUGAGAGAAUUUUUUAAUUUUUUUUUUAAUUUUUUAUUUUUGUCAUUUUAGAAAUACACAACACUUUAUCAAGGAAUCGAGUUCUAUUUUCAUAUGGUGAAAAUAUUGUAACAUAUAGAAUAAAAAAGAAUAUUUUAUUUUUGACAUAGCAAAAUGUGAAAAAAAUCAUUCCCAUCAAUGAAGUUAGGACUUAAAUUUUCCUCCUGUUUGCCUGUUUUCCUUUGAAUAGCAAAUGGAUUUUCCCACAACAAGACGAAAAAAAUGUACCCUUAAGUUUUAAAAAUCAAUUAAAUAAAAAGCAUAUAUACUUGAUUUUAAAGAUAUGGGUACUUGAAUUUUCUUGUCAUUUUCUUCCUUUCUUUCUACCACUUGCUGUAUAACUCGUAUCAAUACUAUCAGAUUCUAUUUAUAUUUUGAAAAAAAAAUAUAUAUGCAAAUGCCAAAAAAUGCUUUAUUUACUAUCGAGGCUUACAAAAAUGCAAUUUUAUUACAUAUACGUACAGUUCUGUUUUCAAGGACAUGUUGCCAUGAAACAAUGUACAAGGAAAAAGAAAGUAAAUGUGACUUAUUAUAGUGAAAUGUAGUGUUUAUUAUAACGUUAAACAAAUAUUCGGUCUGUCAGAUCUAUACAAAACGCUUAACAAAAAGCACUUUUGCUAUAACGAAUACCAUCGUCUAAAGCCAUGGUCCGGAGUCCGCAUACAGCUCUCUCCUACCCGUAGCUGUUUGAUCACAAAACGUGUCUUGUAAUCUUGAAUAUUUACGCCUUAAAAUUGUGACGUCAUGUUCAGCCAAUGACAAUAUUUGUUUCCAUCGCAAUUGAAAUAAACAAUUGACAUCAACAGUAUACAAGAAAUGUUUCGUAUACUGCGAUUGGGUAUCGAAAGAUCGCGUCAAAGUUCAUUAUCCGACUAUGCUUUACUUGCAUUUGUCAAUAUUUUAAUGAGCUACGAAAUAUCCUCUUCUCAUUCAACCACGGCCAGAAUGGGACAGGAUCGUACAUUUUGGCGGGGGUUUGCGACAAUGAACUAAUACAAUUUUCAAUUUUUUGUCUAUAUGAAGUAAUUAUUAUGAAGGCUGGAUGUUUAUGCAAGUAUUUAACAGUUUGUCAAGGAAAACUUGAUGAAAAAAUCUAAUCAAUUUUUUUUAAGAGUUCGGGCAACGUAUUAGCGUACGACUGACAUAAGAAGAGCAUUAUUGUUACCCUCAUUCUUUAUCAAUUACGACGGAGAUGGUAUUUUUCUCAUUUUUAUCAUUUUCUGAUUGACUAAUAUAAUUUAUGAAAUCUUUAUAAAAGUGAAAAAUGUGCUUAAAUACAUGAAUAUAUUAACAAUUGGUGUGUUGUUGCAUAUUAAAAAGGACUCUACCUCGGCAUCUCGUCAAAAUCCGAGAAAGUAAAAUUUUCCGAUUGAAUUUUAAAACAUUGUGUUGUCUACGGAAUAGAAUGUUACCCUUAUGUGCUUCUUUACGUUGGUCAAACCAAGGGUUCACUUAAUAAAGGAAUAUCGGGACUUAAAUUUCAAAUUCAAAACAGAGACCGACAGCUUCUCUACAAGCACUUAAAUUAACCUGAUCAUUCUAUUUUGACAAUGAAAUUUAGAAUUCUAGAAAAGAUUUACCAUCAUACUAAAAGCCGAUCAUUGAGUACACCUUUCCGUAGACAACAAGAAGAAUAUUGGAUUAGAAAACUAGGCAAAGCCUUUCCAUAAGGUAGCAAUGACAAUGUCGAUAACGUUGGGAAUCUUUCAAGUCUACAUUGUAGAAAUGUGAAUGUGAUGGGACUUUUUAAGAAUAUACAGAGAUUUAAGAGUAGCCAUGGACAUCGUUCUAACAAUAAACCUAUUAUACACGAUAUUUCUUUUGAUUCAUUACUACCUCAUGUAAAUAAACAGUUAUGUCUUGAACACCUUCUCAACAAACUUAACUCUGUCCCUUCAAAAGUUCUUAAUUUAUUUUUUUAAAAGGUCAAAGAAAGUCAAUAUUUGAAUUUUUCGACACCAGAAUACAGGUUUGGAUCUAUGAUUAUGGAUAUGCAGGUCAUAGGCUUUUCAAACCGCCAAGCUAAGACGUUGAAAAAUAUUUGUACGUUUAUAUUAAAAAUAUUUAAUUUACCAUGUCUUACAUUAUUUUUUCCAUCAUUGCUAGUAAUUAUUACAUGUAUUAAUUAUUAAUAUUUAGGGAUGUCAAUUUUAUUCAGUUUAUUCGAAUAGUUGAAGGGUUUAGUCGAACGAUAGUCGAGUACUCGAAAUUAAAUUAAUUUUUCAUGUCAUUUUCACUAUUUGUCUUUUACAAAUUGCUUGUACACUAUUUAAUAUAUGCUAUCACCAUUGUUCAACGAAUUUGUGAAUAAUAAAUACUUUCUGAGUAAUCCAUAUAUGUAUUCAAUGUACUUGAUUUCAAAUAUGAUAUUUACUGCACAUUAAUCUAAAUAAAGGAUAUCAAACGCU